CUUAGAAGCUCCACCAACAGGAGCUGAGCCCCAACAGCAGUUCGUCGGGACGAAGCCCAGGCUUUUCCCUUCGCGGGAUUUCCUUCUCCACGCAAGCCGGAGCGCGAGGCACUUCGGUCUCCUUUAGGGCAGCCAAGCUCGGGUUUGGCCGCGGGGCAGGAGCUUCACGCGUCGCCUUCCUUCCAAGCCGCGCCGCGCCGCGCAGCUCGGCAGCCCGCGCUCGCUCACCCGGUUUCCCCUGCGCAACGGCUCUUGACUGCCCAGGCUCGACAUUCUGAGCUCGCGGGGAAGGAGCCACCUAGGAGGGCCCGAUCCUGCCGCGGCUGGCCAACUCCCCCUCCCCGGGCUCCUCCCCCUCCGGCGCCGCCCCUUCUCCCUCCCGCCGCGCGCCCUGCCAGCCCCCCAGUGGAUGUCGUCGCUUCUUCCCCCGCGCGAGCCCACGGGGUGUCACUCCUCCGGGAUGACCUCAGCCCCGGCCCGAGCCGGGAGCGUCACUAGCUCCGGGCAUCCACGGAGCCUGGCCGCUCGCUGGGGCCGGACGAUGGGCAGCGAGCGCGACCCCUGAGCCACCGAAGCCCGCUGGCUGCAGCUGCCGCCGAGGAACCAGGUCCGCCACCCGCGAAACGACUGCCCGCCCUCCAGCAGCUGCGGCUGCUGCUGCCAAACCAAGCAAGGUUCGCUUUCCCGCCCUUUCUUCCCCCUCCGCGCGCCCUCCCGCGGCGACCCGGGAUGUCUCCGGCGGGCUGGGAGGCGCUGGUGGCUCUGGCCGCCGUGGCCGCUUGCCUGGCGGAGGGCGUGCGCGGCGGCGGAGGCGGCUACGGCGGAGGAGGUGGCGGCGGCGGCGGCCUGAGCAUGUUCGCCGUGCAGACGGCUCCUCAGCCGGACCCUUGCUACGACGAGAACGGGCACCCGCGCCGCUGCAUCCCGGACUUCGUCAACGCCGCCUUCGGCAAGGAGGUGAAGGUGUCGAGCACGUGCGGCCGCCCCCAGGCGCGCUACUGCGUCCUGGCCGAGAAGGGCGACGAGCGCAGCCGCACUUGCCACUUGUGCGACGCGGCCGACCCCAAGCGCGCGCGCCCGGCCGCUUACCUCACGGACCUCAACAACCCUCACAACCUGACGUGCUGGCAGUCGGAGAGCUACGUGCAGCACCCGCUCAACGUGACGCUGACGCUGGCGCUGGGCAAGAAGUUCGAGGUGACCUACGUCAGCCUCCAGUUCUGCUCGCCUCGCCCGGAGUCCAUGGCCAUCGCCAAGUCGAUGGACUUCGGCAAGACGUGGGUGCCCUUCCAGUUCUACUCGACGCAGUGCCGCAAGAUGUACAACCGGCCCAGCCGCGCCGCCAUCACCAAGCAGAACGAGCAGGAGGCCAUCUGCACCGACUCGCACACCGACAUGAGGCCUCUGGCCGGAGGCCUCAUCGCCUUCAGCACCCUCGACGGGCGGCCCUCGGCGCACGACUUCGACAACUCGCCGGUGCUGCAGGACUGGGUCACGGCCACCGACAUCAAGGUGGUCUUCAGCCGCCUGCACACCUUCGGCGACGAGAACGAGGACGACUCGGAGCUGGCCCGAGACUCCUACUACUACGCCGUCUCCGACCUGCAGGUGGGCGGGCGCUGCAAGUGCAACGGGCACGCCUCCCGCUGCGUGCGCGACCGCGACGACAACCUCGUGUGCGACUGCAAGCACAACACGGCCGGGCCCGAGUGCGACCGCUGCAAGCCCUUCCACUACGACCGGCCCUGGCAGAGGGCCACCGCCCGAGAGGCCAACGAGUGCGUCGCUUGCAACUGCAACCUGCAUGCCAGAAGGUGCCGUUUUAAUAUGGAACUCUACAAAUUAUCUGGUCGCAAGAGUGGAGGUGUCUGCCUUAAUUGCCGCCACAAUACAGCAGGUCGUCACUGUCACUACUGUAAGGAAGGGUACUAUCGGGACAUGACCAAACCAAUCACCCACAGGAAAGCAUGCAAAGCAUGUGAUUGCCAUCCCGUGGGUGCAGCUGGAAAAACCUGUAAUCAAACCACAGGGCAAUGUCCCUGCAAAGAUGGCGUGACAGGCAUCACUUGCAACCGAUGUGCCAAAGGUUACCAGCAAAGCAGAUCUCCCAUUGCCCCCUGCAUAAAGAUACCUGUUGUUCCUCCCACCACGGUGGCCAGUAGCACAGAAGAACCUGCAGACUGUGAUUCAUACUGCAAGGCAUCCAAAGGGAAACUGAAGAUCAACAUGAAGAAGUAUUGCAAGAAGGACUAUGCUGUCCAGAUCCACAUCCUGAAAGCAGAUAAGGCUGGAGAAUGGUGGAAGUUCACAGUCAACAUCAUCUCUGUGUACAAGCAAGGGACAAACCGGAUACGGCGCGGUGACCAGUUCCUUUGGAUACGCUCCAAGGACAUUGCCUGCAAGUGCCCGAAAAUCAAACCCAUGAAGAAAUACUUGUUGCUGGGCCACGACGAGGAUUCCCCUGACCAGAAUGGCAUCGUGGCAGACAAAAGCAGCCUUGUUAUACAGUGGAGGGACACAUGGGCUAGGCGACUGAGGAAGUUCCAGCAGCGGGAAAAGAAGGGGAAGUGCAAGAAAGCCUAGGGGGAGAGAACUGGAGAUGGGAAGAGAGACUGAACAUACUGCUUUGCGUAGGACUUGAAGCAGACGCGAAUGGGAUUAGGGUCACUGGCAAGAAGCUCACUUUGCAUUAUGUGUGAUGGGGUGGGGGGCAAAGGAGGGGUUAAUAACUUCUGUGAGACAUGCCAAUUAUGUACCUCACAAUACAGAAAAAACACAAAAUGUAGUGAAAAGUGACAAGUUUAGAGAAGGACAGCCACGCGAGACCCUACUCACCAUAGUAACAAAUGUUAGGCCAGUUACUAGUUCCCAUCAUCCCCUUUGACUUUCCUUCUCUCUUUAUUUCUGUCUAAUCAGAAGAAUGACCAACUGCCUUAAGUUCUCUAACAUCAACUAGUCUUAAAGUCUAGGUACAGAAAGGACUCAACCUGUCACUGAAGCAAAUAUAAAGAGAGAUGUUGAAGUUGCACAGAAAUUGCCCUUUGAAUACAUCUCCUCCAAAGGAGAUUAAAUAAUGUUCUUAUUGGUUGGAAAGAUGGAGCAUAUGGAUCAUGGCUUGAAACCAAUUUCUGGGGCUACAAUCAAAUGAACAGCAAACAAGCAGCCUGAGUAGCUCAUCCAUUAUCUGUCAUGCAGCAUUUAAUGGACUGGGUCACCUUUUUAUAAGAAUCUAAUCAAAGUUCACAGAGAUAUAAGCUACUUACCCUGCAGACAAGGCAGUCAGUAGAGGGGUAUGCUUUCUUGAAAAUGCAGCCCCAGACUAAGGUCUUAUUGCCUGACUUUAAAAGGCACUCUGCUAAGGAAAGAAAGCUGACAGCUAUGAAGCAUUGAUGGAGCAAUUGAAAUAAUAAUUACUUAAUAGCAAUAUCUGAAAACAUGACCACCACCGAUCUAAUGGGUAAUCUAAAGAAUUAGUCAAAUAUAAAUGACUCGGAUUUUUAGGAGUUGUCCUUGCACUGCUGCUUUUGUGAAUAUAGCCCUACCCUGAGACCACUGGAUUAUUAUUAUUAUUUUUAAAUGCAUUCACUAGGAAAUGAAAUAAACUCUGUCUAUAAUUUUAAGUAGUAAUAACUUCUUUAGACACCCACUAGACUAUCAAUACUCAUUUCAAAAGCAGAAAGCAAAAGUUACCAUUGAUAGAUUCAAACUGACUCUACACACACACACACACACACACACACACACACACAGCUACCACUUUUGUGCCUCUCCACAGCAAUGGUUAUUAAUAUAAGAUCCAUUCAGUGCUUCCUCUUUUACCAGGAGGGUUGCUGAGCUGCAGACAGUCCUAUGUGCUGGCUCUGUCUGUAGGGAAUGAAUUAACCAAGAUGGGUACCAUACCUGCUCCAGGGAAGACCAAGUGGGAAAAGACACAAAAGAACAAAAGUGUUGCUAAUGCUUACAUGGAGCAAGGAGUGUCACUUCGGAUAAGGAAACUCAUGUUUGUAAGAACCCAAAAUGUAUGUUUUGCAGCCAAUAACACACCUAGAAUAAAGGGGAUGCCCUCUCAAACACUCCCACAGCAGCUCUCUACGCUUUCCUUCCCCUAACUUCCAUUUGAAGCAGAUUUUUGUUCCACUCAUGCAAAUCUCCCAUCAGCCCUAACUUGCAAACUAGGACUGUCUAGGCAGGCGGUUCACGCGUGAGCUCAGGGACGCCUGCUCUGCAAAAUACAAACUUCCCCAAGAUGUUUCCUAUUAGGAAAUAUGGAAACAUCCUUUUAAUGACAUUUUCCAGUGGUUUUGCCUUGUUUUAUAGCAAUUGACAAUAUUUAUAUAAUGACAUAAACUACCAUAAAACAAACUGUAGCACAAAUAGGUGUAAAGUGGCCAGAUGCCGGGGAAGCGGAGAAUAGGGGGGACAGGAGUUAGGAUCCCUGGCUGAAGGCAGGGGGCGGGAACGAAGUGCUCUGACUCAACUGCUCUGCACACUGUUGAGAGUUUCUGGGCUCCCACUUCUUUAUAUGAACCUAGUUGCUGAAAAAGAAAUAUGCAGAACAUUCUCA